AUGCUGGUUGUAAUGGUGAUCUUCAACCAGGAAGAGGGCCAACAUGAACAGCUUCAACGCGCCGAUGGCCCCCCAACCCUUUGCUCCGCUAUGACGUGGUUAGUGUGAAGAAUUAUAUUCCGAAGAUUUUUUUCAAAAAGUACGGCUCACAUUUUGGAAAGAAAACUGAUAGUAUUUUUCAGCUUGUCAUAGUUCACAUUUAGAAUAAAAAUGUAAUACGAUUUGAAGAAACAAAUUUAAUCCAAUCAAUUAUCAAAUGAAAACUAGUAGAAACUAAAAAUCUUUUUGUUUCAGUCAUGCUGGUUGAUAAUGGUGAUCUUCAACCAGGGAAGGGGCCAACUUGAACCCCUUCAACCCGCCAAUGGCCCCCAACCCUUUGCUCCGUUAUGACGUGGUUAGUGUGAAGAAUUGUAUUCCGAAGAUUUUAAAAAGUAAGGCUCACAUUUUGGAAAGAAACUGAUAGUAUUUUCAGCUUGUCAUAGUUCACAUUUAGAAUAAAAAGUAAUACGAUUUGAAGAAACAAAUUUAAUCCAACCAAUUAUCAAAUGAAAACUAGUAAAAACUAAAAUCUUUUGUUUCAGUGAUGCUGGUUGUAUAUGGUGAUCUUCAACCAGGGAAGGGGCCAACUUGAACAGCUUCAACCCGCAGAUGGCCCCCCAACCCUUUGCUCCGCUAUGACGUGGUUAGUGUGAAGAAUUAUAUUCCGAAGAUUUUUAAAAGUACGGCUCACAUUUUGGAAAGAAACUGAUAGUAUUUUCAGCUUGUCAUAGUUCACAUUUAGAAUAAAAUGUAAUACGAUUUGAAGAAACAAAUUCAAUCCAAUCAAUUAUCAAAUGAAAACUAGUAGAAACUAAAAUCUUUUGUUUCAGUCAUGCUGGUUGUAAUGGUGAUCUUCAACCAGGGAGGGGCCAACUUGAACAGCUUCAACCCGCAGAUGGCCCCCAACCCUUUGCUCCGCUAUGACGUGGUUAGUGUGAAGAAUUAUAUUCCGAAGAUUUUUAAAAGUACGGCUCACAUUUUGGAAAGAAACUGAUAGUAUUUUCAGCUUGUCAUAGUUCACAUUUAGAAUAAAAUGUAAUACGAUUUGAAGAAACAAAUUUAAUCCAAUCAAAUUAUCAAAUGAAAACUAGUAGAAAACUAAAAAUCUUUUUGUUUCAGUCAUGCUGGUUGAAAUGGUGAUCUUCAACCAGGAAGGGGCCAACUUGAACAGCUUCAACCCGCAGAUGGCCCCCAACCCUUUGCUCCGCUAUGACGUGGUUAGUGUGAAGAAUUAUAUUCCGAAGAUUUUUAAAAAGUACGGCUCACAUUUUGGAAAGAAAACUGAUAGUAUUUUUCAGCUUGUCAUAGUUCACAUUUAGAAUAAAAAUGUAAUACGAUUUGAAGAAACAAAUUUAAUCCAAUCAAAUUAUCAAAUGAAAAACUAGUAGAAAACUAAAAAUCUUUUUGUUUCAGUCAUGCUGGUUGUAAUGGUGAUCUUCAACCAGGGAAGGGGCCAACUUGAACAGCUUCAACCCGCAGAUGGCCCCCAACCCUUUGCUCCGCUAUGACGUGGUUAGUGUGAAGAAUUAUAUUCCGAAGAUUUUUAAAAAGUACGGCUCACAUUUUGGAAAAGAAAACUGAUAGUAUUUUUCAGCUUGUCAUAGUUCACAUUUAGAAUAAAAAUGUAAUACGAUUUGAAGAAACAAAUUUAAUCCAAUCAAAUUAUCAAAUGAAAAACUAGUAGAAACUAAAAAUCUUUUUGUUUCAGUCAUGCUGGUUGAAAUGGUGA